AUGGGAUCCGCUGCAGGGCGGGGAGGGGAGGCCGGCGAGGCGGCGUCGCGCCCGGUCUACGAGGGAGGUGGAACCGCAGACGGCGCGCCGUCCAGUGACUCGUGGGCGAAUACACUCGACGCGCCUGUGGCUUCUGGACUCCUCGCGGGGACUCUCUCGCUCCUCGCAGUCGUCGUUCUCGUGGCGGGUUCCCUGCGGAGAAGGCGACUCGGGCGGCGGCUGGCGAGCAAGCUCUUCCCGCACGCGUUUGCCAAGCGCAGGCAUGUGUCGCCGGCCUCGUCUCUCUGCGAGGAGCCCAGCGCCGCGACCGCGGGCUCUGCGGGGUCUCCACACCUCCCCUUAUCGGGCGUCCAGAAGAUAUCUCCUUCGACGCAGUCCUCGUCCCUCUGUGCGCUAGGGAUCCCGGGGCGAGAGCGAGGCGGAGAAGGCGUAAAGAGCAGCGCCAGCUUCGGGCUUGAGCCCUCGGCGUUGUUUGUCAGCGGAACGCGCAAUCGCUCGGGCGCGCGACUCGCGCUGUCCUUCUUCUCCUCCGGCGUGGGGACCUGGAUUCUGUACUGCCCCGCGGAGCUCUCGUCCAUCAACGGGCUAUGGCCGGCGCUGCUCUACGGCGUGGCGGUGGCGACGCCCAUGUGGAUUCUCAUGUACGCAGGCCCGCUGGUUCGGGAAGAAAUGAAGAGAAAAAUGACUUUCGGCCUCACCGACUACGUCCACCAGCGCUUCGGGCGGAGCAUGCAGAUCUUUUCGACAGUCGUCGCUUUUUUCUCGCUGGUAGCGGCCAUCGCGGGCGAGCUCGCGUUCGUCGCUUCGGCUGUCCAGACGCUGGCUCCGGCGGUGCCUCGUCUGGCCGUGAUCUUAGCAGUCGCCGCGACCACCUUCUCGUACACAGCGGUGCUGGGGACCGACGCAUCCGUAGUCACAGACUAUUUCCAGAGCUGUCUGUUGCCGGUGCUGCUGUGCAUCGUCAUGGUCGCGUCGCUGCUGUACUCGCCCGUGACGGCGGCGGCGUGGCGCAGCGCGGCGACCUGGACGCCGCAGGGGGCCUUCUCAGGCGCGCUGACGGUCUUGUCGUGCAGCCCCGCAUACGCGAUGGAUCAAGGCAUGUGGCAGCGCGUGCUUUCUGCGCGGGAGACGCGCGAUGUGCGCUUGGGGCUGCUGGGCGGCUCGCUGCUUGUCUUGCCCACUGUGAUGCUGCUGGGGAUGACCGGCAUCCUCGCGACGGCGACGGCGAGGGCGCUCGAGGCCGAGGGAUUCGACGUCAAAGAGGAACUUCUCGGCUCCGCUCCGUUCUUCUUCCUCGUCCUCCCAUCGCUCCGCCGCGGCCUCGUGGCGCUUGUCCUCGUCAUCGCCGUCAUUCUUUCGGCGUCGACCAUCGACACCUUCCAGAGUGCCUUGCCUUCCCUCGUUGCCAAAGAGCUGCGCGUCCGCGGCUGCUCCGUCGGGUGGAGUCGCCUCGUGCCGCUGCUCGCGAACGUCCCAGCGGUCAUCCUUGCGUACUCCUGGAGCGAAAGCAUCAUCCAGCUCUUCCUCAUCGGCAACCUGCUCACCGCGGCACUCUUCCCGCCCGUCUUCCUCGGCUUCUGGCGGCGCACCACCACGCUUGGCAGCGUCGCGGGCUUCCUCUGCGGCAUCUUCAGCAUUUUCCUCUCCGGGCUGAUCUUCGCCUCCGGCGACCUCGCCCUUGCCGCCAGAUGGUUCACGCUCCCUCUCGGCAUGGGCGACCCCAGCGCAACGUACACCUUCCUCAUCGUUCCCGGGGUCGCCGCCGUCGUCACGCUCGGCGUCUCGCUUCUGCAGCGCCCUUCCAGCAGCUAG